AUGGUGGGGAGGCCUGAGCCCUCAUGUCGCCGGGUUGAGGUGACCAGAGAAAAUUCAGCAUGGAGGCGAGGGCCCGGCUCUGAAAGGAGAGGAGACAAAGAGGAGGAGGAAGGGGGGCUGCAGGAAAUGUUUGUGUGGUUUCAGCCGGAGUCAGAGUCUGUUGUGAAAGUUAACGCGUGUUCAUCUGCGAGUGCAAGAGGAUCAUCAGACGUCAGCAUGGUCAGCCGAGUGGAGCAUCCCGCCGCCGGCUACAGGAAGAUCUUUGAGACGGUUGAGGAGCUGAAUGAGCCCAUACCUGCAGAGGUCAAAGGUGUGAUCCCAUCAUGGCUCGGGGGAAGUCUUCUCCGGAUGGGUCCUGGUCUCUUCGAGGUUGGAGACGAACCUUUCCACCAUUUGUUUGACGGACAGGCCCUCAUGCACAAGUUUGACCUGGAGGACGGUCAGGUGACGUACUUCAGGAAGUUCAUCAGGACGGAUGCUUAUGUUCGGGCCAUGGCUGAAAACCGGGUUGUCAUCACAGAGUUUGGCACAGCUGCCUAUCCAGACCCCUGCAAAAACGUCUUCUCCAGGUUCUUUACAUACUUCAGAGGCAUUGAGGUGACCGAUAACUGUUUGGUAAACGUCUACCCAAUCGGGGAAGAUUUCUACGCCGUCACAGAGACCAACUACAUCACCAAAGUGGAUCCGGAUUCACUGGAGACGUUGCAGAAGGUGGACCUGUGUAAAUAUCUGUCUAUCAAUGGGGUCACAGCCCACCCCCACAUUGAGGCCGACGGCACAGUCUACAACAUUGGUAACUGCUUCGGCAAGAACAUGAGUCUGGCUUACAACAUCAUCAAGAUCCCACCUGCACAGCCAGAUAAAUCCGACCCUAUAGAGAAAUCCCAAGUUGUGGUCCAGCUGCCCAGCAGUGAGAGAAUGAAGCCGUCCUACAUGCACAGUUUUGGCAUCACCGAGAGCUACUUUGUGUUUGUGGAGCAGCCGGUGAAGAUCAACCUGCUUAAGUUCCUGUCGGCUUGGAGCGUCAGAGGAGCCACCUACAUGGACUGCUUCGAGUCCAACGAAACCCUGGGGACAUGGUUCCACUUGGCCACUAAGGAGCCUGCAGGUUACAUGAAAAGCCACAAAUACAGAACGUCCGCUUUUAACCUCUUCCACCACAUCAACGCCUACGAGGACCAGGGAUUCAUCGUGGUCGACCUGUGCACCUGGAAGGGGCACGACUUUGUGUACAACUACCUGUACCUGGCCAACCUGAGGGAGGAGUGGGAGGAGGUGAAGAAAGCAGCGAUGAGAGCCCCUCAGCCUGAGGUCAGACGAUACGUUCUGCCUCUGGAUCUUCACAGGGAAGAACAGGGGAAGAACCUCGUGUCUUUGCCCUACACAACAGCAACCGCCGUUCUUCACAGCGACGGGACCGUCUGGCUUGAACCUGAGGUGCUGUUCUCUGGACCAAGACAAGCCUUCGAGUUUCCCCAGAUCAACUACUCCAGGUGUUGUGGAAAGAUGUACUCGUUCGCCUACGGCCUCGGGCUCAACCACUUCAUCCCGGACAGGAUUGUCAAGCUGAACGUACAGACCAAAGAGACCUGGGUGUGGCAGGAGGACGACUGUUACCCCUCGGAGCCGCUGUUUGUCCCCACACCCGGAGCCACGGAGGAGGACGAUGGCGUGUUGCUGAGUAUUGUGGUGAAACCGGGUUCAGAGAGACCAGGAUUCCUGCUGGUUCUGGAUGCCAUGAAGCUGACGGAGCUCGCCAGGGCCGAGGUCAACACCAUCAUCCCUGUCACCUUACACGGGAUGUACAAACCAACGCCUCCACCUUAAACAUUUGUCCCCGUUUCCUGCCUGUUGAGUCAUUAAUGGGUUAGGAGCAGUUUUUAAAACAAGUGACACCAUGAAGACAUGGAUUUAAAGCAGCAGGACUUGGACUUUAUGUCUCAUGUGAUUAAAAACAGACAAUUUAGCUUUUCAGUCAAUUUUAUUCUUGGAUUUCGGUUUAUUUUUAGGUUUGUAGUGAUUCCCAGUGGUGGUAUUUUUCCUGUAAACACACCAUAUAGCUGACAUACAGCUGUCCCUCAUUCAACUCAGCGGUUUCUCUCCUAAUCGUUGCUCCUCCAAAGUUAACCCUCUCUGGUUUCCAAGUAACCAUCCCUGUUGCACUCCGCAUGGUCCCGUCCUUCCCAGUGCUUCCCUUUCUCAUAAUUUUAAUCCUACAUUUAAGCUCUUUUGAAUAUUAAAUCCACGUCGACUCUGCCCACCUCCCCCCAGCGUUAGGAUUCUUCUCAGGAGGUGAAAUUUCCAAGUUUUAGGUCGUAAACAUUGAGAAAAAGGUUCCCUGAAGUCAGAAAUAAGGAGUUAAAAAGCCUAACCUUACUUUCAACCACAACCUAAAAAUCCAAUAUGGCUGCCCUAUUAUCAAACCUUAGUGAUAUAUGCAGAAAACAACACUAAGUAGGUUAUUUUGACUUUGAAUACGUUUUCAACAUAAUUAAACCUUGUAGACAGUGUACUAUACUAUCUCUAGUAAACAAGCAUAUUUACCAAAAUUACUACCCAGUAAUCAUGCUUUUUAUUUCCUGUGCCAGGCCCCAACACACGGUAGAACCAUUUUUGACGAUUUAUUUACAGGACGUUGUUCCUUGGAUUAAGGUAAGAAGAAAGAAAAAGAAGCUAUCGGAAACAUUAAACAAGCUUACCUGUUCAAAGUAAUAAACCACAUAAGAAUAAAAGGGGAGAACUAGGACCAAAGUAAAAGUCGGUCAUGGAAGGCGUUUACCUCACAGGUAAAGGUGUGGCCGUUUUCUGGGUCCACCAAUCACAGAGAAGCACCAGAACAUUACAAUUGUCAUGUUUAAAAAAA